AAUCGUUCGACCGUCGUAAGCCUGUGUGUAAAGUCGAUACCUCCUCUUUCAUUUAUUCCCGGUACGCCUUAGCCUAACCUAACUUCUAACCUAAUCUUACCACGAACGCCGUGUAUCACUGUAAACAAAAGCGAUGUUUACAUUUAACAUCGAAUUCUAUAAUAUCGCUGUAAACGAUUUCGAGGGCAUCAAUGGGGCUGAAUAUCAAAGUAUUAUCACCGCGCAUGCUUGUAUCACGCAUUCGGUCGAUAUGACAGAUCACUUAACCUUAAAACACGUCACUUUUGGCAAUUAGCUGUUUUUUUUUUUCAAAUAACGAAUAUAAUUUUUUUAUAUUGCCGUUUCAUAACAUAUUGAUUCUACACGUCCCGCAGCCCGAAGAAAGAAGUUUCAUGAGCUCGAAAUCGAUCACUCGGCGAAAUGCUCAUGGUCACGAGAAAGCUGUAUUAGUAUCUUAGAAAAAAAAAAUUAAUCGACUAAUUCCAGUAAAAAUGAUAUCAAAACUAACGAGAAUAGUGGCCCAUUUGAAGGACCCUCAAUUAGUUGCGUCGAUUCAACAAUUUUUUGGAGUCAGAAUACAUUACGACAGGCACAACAUGACAUUCCAAGAGGAGGAGAGAUUUAUUUGCGCGAGAAUGAAUGAAAAAAAUCACACUUCAACUUGCCAUGAUAAAAAGAUGAAUGGCUGUGAUGCAAACGAUAAACAACUGAAUGCAGACAUAGAGCAAACAAUCCUUUUGAAACGAACAAAAAUAAGUGAACCGAUAAUCAAGCACAAAGAAACUCUAUCAGUUUUAAACAAUCCAAAUUACACAAUUGACAAUCCAUUUUGGUACUACGUAUUUAUAUUUGGAACUGAAUUAGGGGAUGAAGUCUUCUACUCGACUUUUAUACCCUUCCUGUUUUGGAAUAUUGAUGGAGCGGUUGCUCAAAGAGUAGUCCUGGUGUGGGCCAUCAUUAUGGCUACUGGGCAAAUGCUGAAAGAUAUAAUAUGUUGGCCUAGACCAGCGUGCCCACCAGCAGUCAGAUUGCAAAAUAAAUGGUCACAAGAAUAUGGAAUGCCAUCGACUCAUGCCAUGGUCGGUAUCACAAUACCAUUUAGCUUAGUAUUAUUUACGAUGAAUAAAUAUAUUUAUCCGUCUUCUCUUGGCUACAUCAUCGCACUUCUUUGGUGUGCUCUUGUCAGUAUGAGCAGAUUGUAUCUAGGUAUGCAUACUGUGCUAGACGUUGUGGCUGGCUUAGUAUUAGCGAUUGCAUUAAUGAUUCCACUGAUACCCUUGGUGGAUAUUACAAAUUCCUAUGUCAUUACAAAUUUUUGGCUUGUAGCGAUACUGAUCGCAAUCAGUAUUGCGGCUAUUGUGUAUUAUCCAUCCAGCCCUAAGUGGACCCCCACUAGAAACGAUACUACCAUGGUUGUAUCAGUCGCAGCAGGACUUCAUGUGGGAGCAUGGCUCAAUUAUUAUACCGGUCUAUCAAGGACGUCACAAUCAUCUUCAUUAUUUAAUAUCAUUUGGCCAACAUAUUCUACACUUGGUCGUAUGAUUAUUCGAACUGCACUUGGCUUCUUUGGCGUUAUCACGACAAAAAAAUUAUGCAAAUUUUUUAGUUAUAUCAUGAUAUGUUGUAUAUUACAAAUUAAUUGGAAGGAACUCAUGAAAUGUCAAGAUUACAAUAGUAAUCGAAAUAAGGUGUUCGUCGAUCUAGUCUACAGAUAUCUAGCCUGUUUCAUGAUAGGUGUAAAUACAGUGUAUCUGCUGCCACAAGUUUUUAGCAUGAUAGGUAUCGAACGACCGGCAUUUUACAUGGAAAUAUAAGAAACUUGACAUAUAAUUUGUUAUUCAAUUUAUACUGCUGUAUGAAAUAUAUUUUAUAUCUUA